AUGGCUGCUGUAGCCGUAGCACAGGAAACUAAACUUCCUGAGCUUGCUCCUGAGCCAUCACAUGACGAUAUUAUCGCCGAGGAGAAAAUCGCUGAUGCGAAUGUGACAGUCAAAAUCGAUGUUCCUGGCUCUAAGGUUUUCGAGCUUCAGUUGAGUCUCGGAGAACUGGUGAAUGAUCUUCGCGGCUACAUCACCGAUCGGGAAGAUUGUUGCCAGAGAACGUGCUUCAGUCUUCAGUUUAACGGAGUUCCACUCGAUCACUUUGCUGAACUUCGCUCCAUUGAAGGUCUUACCGACAACGUACUCCUCAAAGUUGUCGAAGAGCCUUACACGAUUCGAGAAGCUCGCCUUCAUGUUCGCCAUGUUCGCGACUUGACCAAGUCUCUCGACUGGGUCGACGCUAUGAACGGUCUCAACGGAGCUUCCAUGAGCUACUUGAAUACAAUAACAGAAGGUGAAAUUAAUCCAAAGAAUGAGAGUGAAUUCCUCGCUCCCAGGCAUGCCCAGCAGUCCGCUGAGCCAGUAUUCGAACCUCUCUUUCCUGCGCGCUCGGCGGAGGCUAAUUGUCUGUCUCGUCUGGCCAUGUCCAUGUGGAAUCCUCCUCCCAACCCACGGAGACUUCGCGGUGAUCUUCUCUAUCUUUCAAUCAAAACAAACGAAGGCCGAGCGUUUGAAGUAACUGCCUCCCCUCGCGGAUUCUACGUUAAUAAAUCUACUAUUGACGAGUUCGACCCUACUCCAGCUACUGUUCCGUAUCUAUCUCAUUCUUUGGUGGACUUGCUUUCACAGCUCUCUCCUGCUUUCAAAAAGGGUGGGCACUAA